ACGGGAAAGUUAGUGUGGGAGAUCGUCCUUAGCCUGGUAUCGGGCAACGUUUCCGGAGAGGACAGACAUGGUCCGAACCAAUGGACUAUACGGCUAUAGGUCGAGAUGCAUCCAAUCCCUUUGUAGAUGGGAACGGAUGUCGGGAGAUGGACCUACGGUGACUGCUGUGUUGGACUACAACUAUGACAGAGGCGAGGCUAAGCUGAGGAUAAACGUGGAAGGAGGGAGAGAGGAAGACAUGAGGGCGGACUCAGUCUUGCAGAUGGCGAUAACUGAGGCGAAGUACCGUGUGAAGAGGAGAUGCAGACGGGACGGAGUUACAAACGAGAUCAAGGUGAAGAUCACUUACCUGGAGGAGGAAACAUCUACGGACACGGUUGAACGUGAACAGCAGCAUCUGGACUGACACAGUGAUUUUGAGAGCGACGUCAGUGACAAGAAUGCAGGGACCCAGUGCAGUGUGUGCCGCCAGUAGUACAGAAGAUCACUUACCUGGAGGAGGAAACAUCUACGGACACGGCUAAGGAGGAGGAGGAGCUGCAGUGCAGUGUGUGCCGCCAGUAGUGCAGGUUGCAGAGACAUCCGUGAUAAAGUAAUGGAGGAAGAUGUGACUUGCGUGUAUCUAGAUGAAUGUUAGCUAGUGUGACGAUGUUGUUAGCAGUCUAUAGAUAAGCUUUGUGUGCUGUGGUAAGCAUCAAGUCUGUAAGGAGCCUUUGUGUUUUGGACCAGAGGAGCCACGUCAUAUCGUGUUGUGUCAUGUUCUACCCAACCGAUUCCCGGGCCCGAAGCAAUUAAAAAAAAAAUGUCACCCUGUCCUGAGUCCCGACUAAUCAAAUCCCAAGUUUGAGUUUGGAGAGUGCAUAAAAUAAAGUAAAAUAAGGUGAAGGGCAAGAGAGAGAGAGAGAGAGAGAGAGAGAGAGAGAGAGAGAGAGAGAGAGAGAGAGAGAUCAUGGGUUCAAUCAUCAUCGCGUGUAAGAGAGAGAGAACACACUGAAGUAAAUGAGCAUCGAUUGCCUACCUCUCUCUCUCUGUCGCUUUCUCGCUCUCCUGUCUUCAUCUACACCUCUCCCUACUCCAUGUUUGUCCUCGUCUUUCUCCGCUCUCCUGUCUUCAUCUACACCUCUCCCUACUCCAUGUUUGUCCUCGUCUUUCUCCGCUCUCCUGUCUUCAUCUACACCUCUCCCUACUCCAUCUCUCUCCUUCUCUUUCUCCCUUUUAUAUCAUGCAGUGGUACUUGCUGGCAGGAUGCACCGAUUUCUGUCAUGAUCUUUUAUAGUAAACUCCGUGUUGUGUUCCCUUUCGCUCCGCCCUCCUCUCCUCUCCAUCUUCCGUCCUCUCCCCUGCCCUGUCUUUCUCUUUUCAUAUGCCGAAGUGGUGGCCUGCAGUGUUUCAGGAGUUGUUUUCCAAUCCUAUGGAGUCAUGCUCCCCAGAAUGGAUAUGGAGCCAGAACUUUCACUCGGGUCUGAAAACGAGAGAGCGAACGACAGAAGACUACUGUUGGCAUCAUCAUCAUCAUCAUCAUCAUCAUCAUCCAUCAUCAUCCAUCAUCAUCCAUCAUCAUCCAUCACCAACCAUCAUCAUCAAUGAACAAUCGUCAUCAUCAUCAUCAUCAAUCACUAAUCAUCAUCACCAUCGAUCACUAUCAUCAACUCACGUCAUUAUAACGCAUCAUACUCAUCAUCGACGACUACGGUCUUCCACGAAUUCAAAGCAACCUUAGCAUGACUGUAUCUGACUGCAAAUACUGCUUGUAUACAUUGUUGUUUAAGGUGCGUUGUACUCGGGUGGACGACGAGGGGUAAAAAUCAAAAGACACCCGCAUAACACAGUAAAUUUGUGCUUGUGUG